AUUCGUACCACAUUUGCAUCGUUCCUAUGAUAGUCUCUAGUAAUUUCCAGCAUCCACAGAACCAAAGCGCACCGAACGACUAAAAAGGAAAAAGCGAUGGACUUGUGGUCUCGCACACAAUGCGACACUAUUGUUGUGGAUGGUGCCACAAUUCAUGGAUUUAGCGACCUUCCAGCUGAGCUCGCUCUCAUCAUAUUCAAAUAUGCUGCACAACCAGAUUUUACUCAACCUAACACUUGGUUUACCAAAAAUUCAUACUCGUCCGCCCUUAAAAUAUCUCUCGUCUCCAAAAUUGUCAGGCGCACUGUGCUUCCAGAACUUCUGCACACAGUGUUAUUGCCAGAAGUUCACCACGUGGCAGCUUUCAUACAGGCUUUACGUAUGCAGAAAACAUACGUCGAUCAACAACAGUAUGAUCUAUCUCUUGAUUACACAUCUCACGUGCACAGGAUGUGGUUCGGAUAUUUUCGUGGGCCUUUGUCAAACCCACAGCCUACCUUCAUUAGCAGCUCUAUCCCUUCUGCGACUAAGCCUGACUCAGAGUCAGAUGUCAGCUUGCUGGCUCCGGUAAUCCUCGCCGUACCGUCCCUCGCGAUUGAAUGUGCGAGUCUGCAUGUACUUUCAGAUUGCCUCAAGUAUGCGUGUAACUCCGAUGUCGACUUGAAUAUCGACCACAAAGAUUCCCCGCUUCCUUGGAGCACGAAAAGUUUGACGCUAUCGGGUAAUGUCACUUCUCGAUGGUGGCCCUUCAUAGGGUCUAUCCAUGGAUAUACUUUCCUCACUUCCAUCCAACACCUCACCCUACUUGCUCCCUCACCUUACGAGGUGCCUUCGUGGAUGGCACGGGCUCCUUUCAAGCAACUUCAGACAUUUUCGAUGCUCAUUUCACACGGGAAACCUCCGGUCGCUGAAUGUGCCCCUGCGUGUAGUGCCACAACGACACGGGUAGAACUGGUUACGUUCCCUGCUUCCCUACUGCCGGACCAUUGGACAUUCAAGGAAAUCAGGGCGUAUAUAGAGAAUGGGGUGGGAACCAUGCCAUCUGUUCCACUACCAGUGCCCCGUUCUGGCAACUUGUGUACAGUUUGUCUGGAUUGCCAGAGUAUUUGGGCAAGUGGAUGUGAGGGCCCCGGGCGAAUGGUACGAGUGCCAGACUGAUAUAUUAUGCAUAUAUGUACUCGUUCCCAAUGGGUUGUCUGAUGUAUUGUACACUACUACACUUGGACAUGAUCAAAACUUUUGUUAUUUUUCUGACUUGGCUGCUGCGACCAAUUCAAUAGCAAGUACUAGUCGUUUAAUUCGUCUCAAAUUCCACGUCGGCGGUGAGCGAGCAAUUCCCAUAAGAAACGCUGAGAGCUGCGAAUGACCGAUGGAACGUCGGACAUCAGAAGACACUAGUGACUAUCUGCAGCAGAUGUGGUUCUUGUUCUUCUUGCGAUCGCCACUAGCCCAUCAAGGAUUGAUUGAUUGAUUGAUUGAUUGAUCACCUUGAUCAUAUGCACAUGCAGCUAGUACAC